GACGGCGAAUGCCGCUCAGUCUCCAGCCAUCGGCCGCAUUGUUCGCGUUCCGGCGGCUUCGUCGUCGUUAGCUCGUUCCCGCACGUGGUCGCUCUUUCCGUCAGCUAUCACGUUGUUUCGGUUGUGUCCUGUUGCAUCAUCAUCAUUGUGCCCCCUGACGUCGGCGUGACGUCGUUUGUGCUUCGUGUCCUGUGACGUCAUCAUGCUUCGCGCCCUGUGCCUCGCAGCCCUCCUACCAUUCGCCGCUGCCCUCGCCUCGGAGAUCCUCGAAGACAAAGAUUUCUGGAUGUCGCAAGGCGAGAAGGAUUUGAAAUCGUCCCUGGGGAUAACCAGGAACAUGGGCAGAGCUCGGAACGUUAUUUUAUUCGUGGGGGACGGAAUGGGACCCAAUACUAUCACCGCUGCUCGCAUUUAUAAGGCCGGUGAAGAUGGCAGCCUCAGUUUCGAAAAAUUCCCCAACACCGGCUUACUCAAGACUUAUGCCGUUGACAAGCAGGUUCCUGAUUCAGCGUGCACGGCAACAGCGCUGUUCAGCGGCGUCAAAACGAACUACGAGACGGCCGGGGUGGACGCGCGCGUCAAACUCAACGAUUGCGUUGGUUCCCUCCACGAAGAAGCCCGCGUCUCUUCCAUCCUGGAGUGGGCCCAGCAAGCUGGCAAAGACACAGGAUUUGUAACUACAACACGGGUAACACAUGCGACUCCCAGCGCUCUAUACGCCCAUGUAGCUAACCGGCGGUGGGAAUGUGAGGCCAAAAUGCCAAGGAGUUCUUCUCUCUGCAAAGAUAUUGCCAGGCAACUAGUUGAGGAUGAGCCAGGAAGAAAUAUUAAGGUGAUCUUCGGUGGCGGGCGACAAUGCUUGAUGACAAACUCCACUCCCACAGAGCAAGACCCCAUCGACACAUGGGCAUGCAGUCGCCGCGAUGGCCUGGACCUUAUCGACCAGUGGCAAAAUGAUAAAAAGUGGCGUGGGUUUACUUAUGCAUACUUGAAUCAAAGUGGCGACUUGGACUCUCUUGAUAUCGAUCAUGUCAGCUUCGUCAUGGGAAUUUUUGCUAAUGGACACUUAAAGAUGGAAAACGAAAGGGAUAAAUCGAGAAAUGGAAUGCCAUCUCUUUCAAAGAUGACUGAAACUGCUAUUCGAAUGUUACGCAAAAAUGAAAGAGGAUUUGUUCUUGUGGUAGAGGGAGGUAUGAUUGAUUUUGCUCAUCACCGAGGUCAUGCGCGACAAGCAUUGGAAGAAACUAUCCAGUUUAAUCAAGCCAUUGAAAAGACACUGACGCUGCUGCAUGAAAUGAAAGCGAUUGAUGACACACUCGUAAUUGUGACGAGUGAUCAUACACACUCCUUGACAAUUAAUGGGUAUCCAGAGCGAGGAGGGAAUAUUUUAGGUGUUGCUCAGACUUCUCGGGAGGAUAAAAUUCCAUACACAACACUAAUGUACGCGACCGGUGGAAUGAAUAAUUUCCAAUAUGAGCGGAAAGGUUCUGGAUUUACAAGGAAAGAUCCAACGACAGUUGAUACAACCGCCUGGGACUACUCGCACAUUGCAGCGGUGCCUGAUGACGAGGCACAUCAUGGAGGUGGUGAUGUAGCAGUCUACGCAACUGGGCCGAUGGCACAUUUAUUCCAUGGCGUUCACGAACAAACCUUUGUAGCUCAUGUGAUUUCCUACGCAGCACAAAUUGGACCACACAAAGGAUCUAGCGCUCCUGGUUCCAGCCAAAAUAUAUUAGGAUUAUUGAUUGGCUUUUUGUUAAUUUUUCUCAUGUCCUGAUAUCUCAUUGACUUUGGUAUCUCUUAAAACAAAACAAAAACAGGAGUUCAAUACCAGUGGCCAGACCUGAAGAUUGAGUAAUUUAUCAAUCAAUGUGGCUCAUUUUGUUACCAAUGAAGUUGUAAUGAUUGGCCUGCUAGUUUUCUUCGAGCUACUUCAUAGCCUGUAAUAAAUGCACUACAAACUUAAAAGAACUCAAAGUUCUGAUAAUUGGAUUUUAUGUUCUGCCAAUUGAAUACCGUAGAGACUUUAAGAGACUGUACCAGCAGAAUGAAGAUAAUUUUAAAAUAAACCGAUCAGAAAAAAAAACAUAUAAUAAAAUUGUUCUGCAUGUUUCAAUGAUCCUGAAAACGUAAGCUCUCUCCUCUUAUUUCUUAUCAUGAGAAGUGCAGUAAUACCUCAACUGUUGAAUGAAUUGUGACAGAAGCCCAAGCUGGAGACCAAAAACGUCUUAAAAUUGAUACUGUAUAAAAGCACACUAAGUGCGUACAGAAAAAAUGAAAAAAACUAGAAAAAUAUGAAGUAAAAACAAGAAACAUAUCAGAUUAAUAUGUCUCAUUGUCACACCGGAUAAUUGAUGAGCGGAUAAUCGAGGCAUUACUGUACCAACAAAAACAGGAAUUCAACGACUUUAGAAAGUAAUUCUCAAAAAUCAGCUUCCUUGUUGUUCGUAAACUAUUUGAGAAUUUCUUCCAGAUGGUAAGAAAAAGGAAAAUAUAACAAUUUAUGGACCCCAUGAUCAAAGAAAAAUUGCUUGGGAGGGGAAUAAAAUGAAAUGUAGAAAACAAUUUAAAGUAUUGUAGAUAACGAGGUAGAAUGGGAACAAAAAAUUCAAGUUCCUCUUGGAAGCAAGACUGAAAGUUCCCAUAAAUAGAAAAAGUCUCAGCAAACUUUACUUCAUGGUUGAUAUUUAUGUUAUUACUUGAAUAAGUAAUUUUGUUAUUGUGUGUAUUCUGUAAAUACUUGUAUUUAAAAAGUGAUGUUAACAUUUUGUACAAAAACCCAAUAAAACCUUAAAAUUAAUUUGAACAGAAGGUUCAAUCAACGC